UGUGAAGAAGUAGAAGAAGAAAAAAACCAGCAAUUAUUUGCUGGUUUAGCUGUAUCCAAGACGAAAGCUGAUGUGAGCCCGCAAGUGGCAGUGACUGAACCAGUGAGUUUCCCUUUACAGAGUAGUUUUAUCUCUAGUCCAUGGGAUCAUGGAACCAAAUCCAGAAAAUCCCAACUUGAUUCUCACCCUAAAAUUGCACUGUCUUGUUCUAGCAAUAGACAUAAAACUGACGCGUUUCUGGGUUUAUCUGAUGGUAAGCUUGUUAAUGAUGUUAUUCAAGAAGUGAAAGCUCUAGAUAAUGAAGUUAAUUGUGAUGGAAAAUUUAAGGGAAAGAUAGAACUAUCAGGAGCCAAGGAGGCUGCGACUAAGGUUUAUAAGGAAGAUACUAUUGAAUUAACUGAGUUGCCAUGUGAGAGAGAGAAGGAACAUAGAAUGAGUCAUACCCGAAUGGCCGAGAGAUCGAUUCCUGAGCAUGAGUUGCGAAGGCUUAGGAACGUAGCUUUGAGGAUGCCUGAGAGAAUGAAAGUUGGCCCUGCAGGUAUAACACAAGCCGUGGUUGAUGCCAUUCAUGAGAAAUGGAAGAUUGAUGAAGUGGUAAAGUUGAAGUUUGAAGAGCCUCUUUCUCUUAACAUGAGAAGGACACAUGAGAUCUUGGAGAGUAAAACCGGGGGUUUGAUUAUAUGGAGAUCUGGCAGCUCUGUGGUGUUGUACAGGGGAAUGACAUACAAACUUCUUUGCGUUCAAUCAUAUACUAAACAGAAUCAAGUCGAUAGAGAUAGUCUACAAGAUCUCAAGGAUGUUGCUCUUGAUGCAAUGCAAACUAUAGGAGUGAAAGAUUCUGUUAGAACUACCAAAUCGUAUGUGCCUGAUUAUGCAAAGUAUCUGAAUGAUUUUUCCAAGGAAGAGCUGAGGGACUUGUGUGAAUUGAACCAUUUGUUAGAUGAAUUAGGGCCGCGAUUUAGAAAUUGGACAGGCCGGGAGCCAUUGCCUGUUGAUGCAGAUCAGCUCCCUCCUGUGGUUCCUGGAUAUAAGCCCCCAUUUCGAUUUCUUCCUUAUGGAGUAAGGCCUUGUUUGCGAAACAAGGAGAUGACUGAUAUUCGUAGGCUUGCCAGGACAGUGCCUCCGCAUUUUGCACUAGGACGGAACAGAGAGUUACAAGGACUGGCUAAGGCUAUGGUAAAGCUGUGGGAAAGAAGUGCUAUUGCAAAGAUAGCCAUCAAGCAUGGUGUAGAAAAUACACGUAAUGAGAGAAUGGCAGAAGAACUUAAGAAGUUGACAGGGGGUAUACUACUUUCAAGAAAUAAAGACUUCAUUGUAUUCUAUCGAGGUAAUGACUUCCUGCCACCUAUUGUUAAGGAGCUAUUGACAGAGAGGCAAAAGGUGACAGAGGAGCAGUGCAACGAGGAAGAACAAGCACGACAGAUAGCUGCAGCCUUGAGUGUAUCAACUAGCAAAUCUUCUAACAACCAGCUGGUUGCUGGCACCUUUGCUGAGACCAUAGCUGCAAUUUCCCAGUGGGGAAAACAACAAAGUAGUGAAGAUGUGGAGGAAAUGAUGAGAGAUUCAGAAAUUGCCAAACAAGCAUCAUUAGUUAGAUACCUUGAGAAAAAACUAGCUUUUGCGAAAGGAAAGUUAAAAAAGGCUGAGAAGGCUUUAGCAAAACUGCAUGAGUAUCUCGAGCCAGCAGAGCUUCCAAAUGAUUUGGAAACCAUUAGUGAUGAGGAGAGGUUUUUAUUCCGUAAGAUUGGUUUGUGUAUGAAGCCUUAUCUGCUUCUAGGUAAAAAUAGAUAUCUUAAUCCUACUGGUAGUUUCUUUUUUUUUUUUUGGUGCUUAUAAUGGGAUAAAACAUGC